AUGUAUCACGCCACUAUGGGAUCCAUGUUCCGAAGCGAGGAGGUGUGCCUGGUGCAGCUCUUCCUCCAGUCCGGCUCAGCCUACAAUUGCGUCAGUGAGCUGGGAGAGCUGGGCCUGGUGGAGUUCCGAGACUUAAAUCCUAACGUAAAUGCCUUCCAAAGGAAGUUUGUGGGAGAGGUCAGACGAUGCGAGGAGCUCGAGAAGACCUUUACCUUCCUGGAGCAGGAGAUCAGUCGCUCCUUGUCCCCUCCCCUACAGGGUCCCCUGCCCCCACCAUGCCCGAUACCUUCGGCCCCUCAGCCUCGAGAACUCAUCACCAUAGAAGAAGAAAGUGAGAGGCUGGCCAGAGAGCUGAAAGAGGUGUCCAGAAAUAGGGACAGCCUUCGGGCUCAGCAGACCCAGCUUUGUCAGUACCGAGGAGUGCUGACCAGAACGCACUCGCUUACAGCCUCACAGGCGCCGCUUCCUGUGCUGGAAAGCCAAGGCCUCUUCGAUAACCGCCACGAUAUCCACCUCAGUUUCGUAGCAGGCGUGGUGCACCCUUGGAAAGUCCCAUCCUUUGAGCGGUUGCUAUGGCGGGCAUGUCGUGGUUACAUCAUUGUGGAUUUCAGGGAGAUGGAGGACCGACUGGAGCACCCAGACACGGGGGAAAUGGUGCAAUGGACAGUGUUCCUCAUCUCCUUUUGGGGAGAUCAAAUCGGACAGAAGGUCAAGAAGAUAUGCGACUGCUUCCACACACAGACGUUUGCAUACCCUGAGAGCCCAGCUGAGAGAGAGGAGAUCCUGCAGGGGCUACAGGGCAGAAUUGAAGACAUCAAAUCAGUGUUGUCUCAGACUGAAACCUUCCUGCAGCAGCUGCUGCUGCGUGCAGUGGCCAUCCUGCCCCAGUGGAAGGUGCGGGUCAAGAAGUGCAAGGCGAUCCAGAUGGUACUAAACCUCUGCAGCCCCUCGGUCACUGACAAGUGCCUGAUCGCUGAGGCCUGGUGUCCCACGGCCAAGCUGCCCGAGCUGCAGAGCGCCCUGCGGGAGGGAGGGAGGAAGAGUGGCAGUGGGGUUGAUUCCUUCUACAACCGCCUGCCCUCCUCAACCCCUCCGCCCACCCUGUUCCCCCUCAACUCUUUCACCGCCGGUUUCCAGAACAUCGUGGAUGCUUACGGAGUGGCCAGCUACCGCGAGGUCAAUCCAGCGGUGUACACCAUAAUUACAUUCCCAUUCCUGUUUGCGGUGAUGUUUGGGGACGUUGGUCAUGGUUUACUGAUGUCUCUGGCUGCCCUCUGGAUGGUCCUUGAGGAGAAAGACCCAAAACUCAGGAACAAUAACAAUGAGAUCUGGAGGAUGAUGUUCGGAGGCCGGUAUCUGAUUCUGCUGAUGGGACUGUUCUCCAUCUACACUGGGGCCAUUUACAACGAGUGCUUCAGCAGGGGCAUUAGCACCUUCAGUUCAGGGUGGCACGUCGGCCCCAUGUUUGAAAAGAAUAUUUGGAAUGCAUCGGUACUGGAGGGGAACCAGUUCUUGUCCAUGGAUCCUGUGGUGUCGGGCGUAUUCACCACCCCCUAUCCAUUUGGAAUUGACCCGGUCUGGGGCAUGGCCAACAACAAGUUAACCUUUCUAAACUCGUACAAGAUGAAGAUGUCGGUCAUCAUCGGGAUCUUUCACAUGACUUUCGGAGUCUGCUUGUCCUUCUUCAACUACUGGCACUUUGGUCAGUUCAGCAGUGUGUUCUUCGUGCUGAUCCCUGAGCUCUUCUUCAUGCUGAGUCUCUUUGGCUACCUGGUGUUCAUGGUGGUCUUUAAGUGGAUCGCCUACACGCCUGCUGAUUCCCAGAUGGCUCCCAGUAUACUGAUCCACUUCAUAGACAUGUUCCUCUUCACAGACAACCCAGACAACCCACCUCUUUAUCCAGGGCAGCUCAUUGUGCAGAAGAUCUUGGUGGUGCUGGCUCUGUGUUCAGUCCCGGUGCUCCUGCUGGGAAAGCCCACAUGGGAGUACGUCACAUUCAAGAAAAGACGACGCCAAGUUGAGGAGGAUAGACGUCCACUGGUGGCCGACGAUGGCUCAGUAAACACUCGUCAGGGGGAGGUGGAGGGUGGAGCAGCCGAGGAGGAGGAAUUUGAUGCUGCCGAUGCGUUCAUGCACCAGGCCAUCCACACCAUAGAGUACUGCCUGGGCUGCAUCUCCAACACAGCCUCCUACCUGCGACUCUGGGCCCUCAGUUUGGCGCACGCACAGCUGUCGGAGGUGCUGUGGGUCAUGGUCAUGCGUAUUGCUUUGAAGUGGCAGGGUUAUGUGGGCUCUGCUGUGCUCUUUGUAGUUUUUGCCUUUUUCGCUAUGCUGACCGUCUCUAUCCUCCUGGUUAUGGAGGGACUCUCAGCUUUCCUGCACGCGCUACGUCUGCACUGGGUGGAGUUUCAGAAUAAGUUCUACAGUGGAACGGGCUACAAACUCAGCCCUUUCUCUUUCACAGCGCUGAUCAAUGCUUCAGCUCCUAUAUGAUCUGCCUAAUAAUUGCCAAACAGUUAAAUUAACUUAUGUCAGUGUGUAUCUUAAUGGUAUUAUGUUGCCUGUAGGCCAUGAAAUGGUUUAAUUGACUUGCACAAUGAUCACAAUGAAUGAUACGGACUGUUAUUUUUGCAUUAUAAGAAUGUGUCCUAGUACGUUGAAUUAUGACUUUAUUAUAUGAAAAGUAUACAUUUGUAUCCCCUUAAUUUUUUAACCGGUUUUAUGUAAUGCUCUCUCAUUGCCCUUUCAGUAGUUUGAACAUAAAUUGGUACUCAUGUACUUUUCACUGUAUACAUUUUUAUUAUACACAUCAGUUACGAAAAGGGAAAGUACAUGUAAUAACCGAUCAGUUUAAGGGAACGUGUGACUUUCUGAAUGGUAACCACAUUCUGCAGAAUUGUUCACACAGCAGAGAAUGAUCUGAAUGAUUUUCCUGAGCCAAAGAUACUUUCCCUGCCUAUCAUGUCUUCCAAACACACCACAGAUAUUCAUUCAUGGUUCGAGAUUGUUAAGUGCCUUACUGGAAUGGACAAACCACAACUACUGUUGACAUGCCACUACUGUGUACCAAACCUCGCAAAAUAAGUUAAUUUCUUUCAGUUUUUUGCCAGUAAAAACUUUCAAAUGUAUCAAAUUUAAACUGGAAUUAAAUAAAAUUUUCUUGUUGAGUCUUA